AUGAAGUAUCGAGUGCAGGCUGCGUCCACGAAAUGUGCACCACAUCGCGUCAUGUUGCAUUUGGAGGCUUUGACGAAUCUCGGAAUAUCCGUGGCAGACGUACUCAAAGUAGUUCUUGUGCACGACGACACCAAUGACCAACAAGUCAAGACAGAGUUCUGCAUAGGAGAAGCCUGGGUUGAUUUUUCCUUACAAGGUGGGAGCAUUGGCGUCCCUUCUGCACUUCGAAAGAAUGCGAGGCUACGGGUUGGUGAUUCUGUCCAGAUAGAUCGAAUAAUGGAUCCGCCAGUCAUUGCGAAGACAAUGUAUUUAUCACCUGCCGUUGCUGGGCUCAAUGCGGUGGAUACCGAACUUGUCAUCUACCUACAGGAAUAUCUACUUGAUUUGAAGUAUGCUAUCGUUGGGCAAGAAAUAGAGAUCUCAUAUAGAGGACAACCACUCAGAUUCCAGGUGAAGCAAGCCAAAGAUGCGAAUGCGGAUAUCUUACAGGAUGCAGGAACCGUCAUAACUAUGUCUGGACAUACCAAAAUUGCGAUCAUUUCUGAGGCUUCUCUGAACGACGAAAGAGCCACCCAACCAAAAGUGGCGUACAGCAACAUUGGUGGAUUAGAAGAACAAAUACGUAUUGUACGAGAAAUGAUAGAGACCCCUUUGCAGAACCCCCAGCUUUUCCGAAAAUAUGACGUACGACCGCCACGUGGCGUCUUAUUGUACGGACCACCAGGUACAGGCAAAACGCUCAUUGCUAAAGCCGUUGCCAGCGAGACGAAGGCGCAUGUCAUUUUAGUGAAUGGUGCUGAAAUCUUAAGUAAAUUUUAUGGAGAAACAGAGCAAAAGCUUCGCAACAUAUUUGACGAAGCUGAGGAAAGGUCACCGUCGAUUAUAUUUAUCGAUGAGAUAGAUGCUUUAUGCCCGAAGCGAGACGAGGCUCCUGGAGAAAUGGAAAAGCGAGUGGUCGCUACGUUACUGACUCUAAUGGACGGUGUCACUGACUCGUCACAAACGCAAAAUCGACCUGGCAUCGUUGUAAUCGGAGCAACUAACCGACCUAAUGCUCUGGAUGAAGCUUUACGAAGACCAGGGCGUUUCGAUCGAGAGGUUGAGAUCGGCAUUCCAAAUGUUAUGGCUCGUUAUUCCAUACUUUCUACUAUACUACGCAAUAUACCCCAUAGUUUGGAUGACGACAAUAUUCAAUCUCUAGCGGCAACUUCCCAUGGUUAUGUUGGCGCUGAUCUUUCAGCAGUAUGUCGCGAAGCUGGUUUGAAGUGUAUAAACCGACUCUCAGUUGACGAAAAAUGGAGCAAGACUCGAGAUAUUAAAGAUGUCGUAGUCACAUACGAGGACAUGAAAGAGGCUAUGUCAGAAAUUAGACCAAGUGCUAUGCGUGAGAUUAUGUUGGAAGUACCUAAAGUGUAUUGGAGUGACAUCGGUGGCCAAGCCGACGUCAAGUCCAAACUGAAGGAAUCAGUUGAAUGGCCAUUGAAGCAUCCAGAAGCAUUUGCAAGAAUGGGCAUUCGUCCGCCUAAAGGUGUACUUUUGUACGGACCACCGGGAUGCAGUAAAACACUUAUGGCAAAAGCACUGGCUACCGAAGCUGGGCUUAACUUUAUUGCGGUUAAAGGACCAGAGCUUUUCAGCAAAUGGGUCGGUGAAUCCGAAAGAGCUGUUCGCGAGGUGUUUCGUAAGGCUCGUGCUGCAUCGCCAUCCAUCAUUUUUUUUGACGAAAUUGAUGCUUUGACUGUCAAAAGAGGUUCAGAUGGUGAUGGCGGUACCUCGGUGGCUGACAGAGUGUUGUCUCAGCUGUUGAAUGAGUUGGAUGGAAUAGAACCGUUGGUGAAUGUGACCGUGGUAGCUGCCACCAAUCGCCCGGAUAUCAUCGAUUCAGCUUUGCUUAGACCUGGGCGAAUUGAUCGAAUAUUAUACGUCAAUCCGCCUGACUUGGCAUCAAGGCGGGAAAUUUUCAAGCUACAAUUAAGAAGGAUCCAAUGCAGUGAAGAGGUUAACGCCGAAGAAUUAGCUCUCAAGACUGACGGAUACUCCGGAGCAGAAGUGGUAGCCAUAUGCCAAGAAGCAGCAUUGCAAGCAAUGGAAGACGAUAUCGAUGCGCAAUUUAUACGACAGGAGCAUUUUGUCAGAGCGAUUCGAUCCAUGAAGAAACGCAUCACACCCGAAAUGUUACGAUUUUACGAUGAUUUCAGAUCCAAAUCUGGCCUCAAAAGCGUGUAA